AUGGCAUUGCAGAAUGGUGUUCCUGAAGAAGUGAAGUCUGUACGGUCUGACAGGAAAGGCUUUUUGGUGGUGGACUUAGCUGCCAUCGCAGCGUCGCCCCCAGGCCUCCAGGCUGCAUGCACUUGGCUGCCACUGCAGAAGUCUUGCAGCGGCUCUGAACGGAACCAGCUAGUCCGAGAUGGCACCCAGGGCCGUGGUGGCCUCCUCCUGCCACCACUUAGGAAGACAAGCAGCAGCCUCUGCCCUCCACUUGGACACAGAACGUUUUUUUCCUGUUUGCAGUCCGCCUCCCGCCGAGUGGGCCUCUCCUGUGCCAACUGCCAGACCACGACCACCACGUUGUGGCGCCGCAAUGCUGAGGGUGAGCCCGUGUGCAACGCCUGUGGUCUCUACAUGAAGCUCCACGGGGUCCCCAGGCCUCUCGCGAUGCGGAAAGAGGGGAUUCAAACCAGAAAACGGAAGCCCAAGAACCUGAAUAAAUCCAAGACGGCAGCAGGUCCUUCCGGCAGUGAGAGCCUUCCUCCCACCAGCAGUGCCUCCAGCAGCUCCAGCAGCACCACCACCACCAACAGCGAGGAGAUGCGCCCCAUCAAGACAGAGCCCGGCUUGUCAUCUCACUAUGGGCACAGCAGCUCCAUGUCCCAGACCUUCUCCGUCAGUGCUGUGUCUGGCCACGGGCCCUCCAUCCACCCGGUCCUCUCUGCCCUGAAGCUCUCCCCACAAGGCUACGCAUCUCCUGUCAGCCAGUCACCACAGGCCAGCUCCAAGCAGGACUCUUGGAACAGUCUGGUCUUGGCUGAGAGUCACGGGGACAUAAUCACUGCCUAAUCUCUCCUCCUUCCCUCCUCAAAUUCCUGCACGGCCCUGGGACCUGGGGCCCCCUCUGCCUGGGAAGGACUCCAGAGCAACUGGGAAGAAACUUGAAGUCGACAAUUGGUUCUGAGAAGUGGGAGUUGGAUUUUCUCAGAUGCCUUUUCAAGGUGGGGUCUGGAAAGAGCCCACUCUCUGCACUCUGACACAGACUAGCCCACCCUUCACGGCAGGCACAAUAAGUCUCUUCCAUGGAGUUGGCGACUUCUUUCUCAUUCCCUGUCCCACCUGGCCCCGCCCCUGACAGAGACAAGAUGUCCCUCUCCCCUGCUUCCCAAUGCUGUGGCCCAAAGUGGUGGCUUUACCAUUGUGUUCCCAGCACUGGGGCUCUACGGGCAGCUGAUGGGGCAGGGCUCUGGGACUCCCGCUGCAGCCUGAACAGGGCAACUGCUUGAUGUGUAUUGAAUGUGACAGGCCCCUUUGGGCAGCCUCAGCCCUUGCCCAACACUCCCCUUGAGGCACUGCACAUCCCUGCAUCCCCAUGGCUGAUCUGAGUCCAGUAGCACUGGGUGCUGUGCAGAGGUGACUGAACGCAUCCCGGGAAAUGGAAGAGAGACCUGCACCCCUGCACCGCGUGGCGUCAUCAGAUAGCCGUUGGGCAGUGCUGCCGUCCCCAGUCCAUUCCCUGCUGAGGGCUCUGCUCCUUCUCUUCUCCCACCAGGGCCUGUGACAUAGAAAUCCCUUCUGCUGUCCUGAGCGAUCCAGCUCUGUCUUCAGCCCAGUCAUGCCUCUCCUUUGUCAAAACGAGAGCUCAGUAGUGUAGCCGAAGGGCAGACCUCAGCAUCCUCCGUUCACCGCAUCCACGCAGAGGGGUACUGAGAAGGGACAGAGGUCCUGCUGCUAAACUAACUGGCGAACACUCAUCCUCGAGGUCCUCCCGGGAGUGCACCUGGGGGGGGCGUCCUGCUCGGGACUCCAGCUUGCUUGCUCUCUGAGCCUGUGGACGGUGGCCUGGCCAAGUCACCAGCACCUGGACCUGCAUUCUUUCCCUGGCAGGAACCUUCUGUCUGGGAGAUGAGAAGCUAGAGAGUUUGCAAGAUCAACACAAAGCAAACAACAAAACUGGCCGAAAGAAAGACGAUGGCUAUAAGAAGACUCGGAGGGUGGGCCCUGAAGGGACAUGCAGCUCCCAGCUGUUCUGGAUUGGCCUCCUCCGGCCACGCUGGGCUCCCAAAGACUUCCUCCCUGUCCUCGUUAUCCGCAGAGCCGCCGCUGACUGUGGCCUCACUCCGUCCACCCCAGACUCCCAGCCCACCCCAGCCCUCCUGGCUGUAGCAGAGUACCUUUGAACCAAGAUUCUGUUUUAAUCAUCAUUUAACACUUUUCCUCCCUGAAGGCUGCCCCUCCAUUCCCUCCUGACCCACCAACCUGAUAACGUUGUCUUAAGGUGGAAUGGCUGUAAAAUCAGUAUUUAACUAAUAAAUUUAUCUGUGUCCCUCUUGCCCUCUC